GGGCUCCCUGCCGCUGUCCGGACCUCCCCCCGCACGCCCCGGUCCCGCCACCCGCCCCCGCUGCGGCCCUCUCUCCCGUCUCCCGCCCCUCCGAAACCACAGAUCAUCUUCGGAUUCUUCUCCAGAAGCUUCAAGUAGGGAUAUGUCCUCAGCACCAACUACUCCUCCAUCAGUGGAUAAAGUAGACGGAUUUUCUCGGAAGUCCGUCAGAAAAGCCAGACAGAAGAGGUCGCAAAGUUCCUCACAGUUUAGGUCUCAAGGCAAGCCUAUUGAGUUAACACCUCUGCCGCUGCUAAAAGACGUUCCAUCCUCAGAGCAGCCUGAACUGUUCCUAAAGAAACUUCAGCAGUGCUGUGUCAUUUUUGACUUCAUGGACACGCUAUCUGAUCUUAAAAUGAAAGAAUACAAGCGCUCCACUCUUAAUGAACUGGUGGACUACAUUACAAUAAGCAGAGGCUGUUUGACAGAGCAGACUUACCCUGAAGUAGUUAGAAUGGUGUCUUGCAAUAUAUUCAGAACUCUCCCUCCUAGUGACAGCAAUGAAUUUGAUCCAGAAGAAGAUGAACCUACCCUCGAGGCAUCGUGGCCACACUUACAGCUUGUAUAUGAGUUUUUCAUACGAUUUUUGGAAAGCCAAGAAUUCCAACCCAGCAUUGCCAAAAAAUACAUAGAUCAGAAAUUUGUAUUACAGCUUUUGGAGCUGUUUGACAGCGAAGACCCUCGGGAACGGGACUACUUAAAAACAGUCUUACACAGAAUUUAUGGCAAGUUUCUUGGUCUUAGAGCAUUUAUCCGAAAACAGAUUAACAAUAUUUUUCUAAGGUUUGUUUAUGAAACAGAACACUUCAAUGGUGUAGCUGAACUGCUGGAAAUAUUAGGAAGUAUUAUCAAUGGCUUUGCUUUACCUCUUAAGGCAGAACACAAACAGUUUCUGGUGAAAGUGUUGAUCCCUUUACACACUGUCAGGAGCUUAUCACUCUUCCAUGCCCAGCUGGCAUAUUGCAUAGUACAGUUUCUGGAGAAAGAUCCUUCACUCACAGAACCAGUUAUUAGGGGAUUAAUGAAAUUUUGGCCCAAAACAUGUAGUCAAAAAGAGGUCAUGUUCCUUGGGGAGCUGGAAGAAAUAUUGGAUGUGAUUGAACCUUCACAAUUUGUUAAAAUCCAAGAACCUUUGUUUAAACAAAUUGCCAAGUGUGUCUCUAGCCCCCAUUUUCAGGUGGCGGAAAGGGCACUCUAUUAUUGGAAUAAUGAAUACAUCAUGAGUUUGAUAGAAGAAAACUCUAAUGUCAUCCUUCCCAUCAUGUUUUCCAGUCUUUAUAGGAUUUCAAAAGAACAUUGGAAUCCGGCUAUCGUGGCGUUAGUGUACAAUGUGUUGAAGGCGUUUAUGGAAAUGAACAGCACCAUGUUUGAUGAGCUGACAGCCACAUACAAGUCAGAUCGUCAGCGUGAGAAAAAGAAAGAAAAGGAGCGUGAAGAAUUGUGGAAAAAACUGGAGGAUCUGGAGUUAAAGAGAGGUCUUAGACGUGAUGGGAUAAUUCCAACUUAACAAAAAUAAUGACAACAACCUUACUAACCUGUGGAGUCACACAUUUAUGUAGUAGAAGAUGGAGCAGCAGUUUUCUGUAUUGUGCAACUUUACAGUAGAUUUCACAUUUGUUUCAUUAUUACAACAGCACUGUAUAUACCUGUCUCUAAGUAAAGGAAAAAAAAAUAAGGACUUCAGUCCAAAGUUUGGACAGUAGAUGGACUUCUCAGAACUUGGCAAACAUAAUCAUUGUUCUAACCCUCUUUAAAAAAAAAAAAAAAAAGCAGUCUUCGAAGAUCUGUCAAUGAAAUUUGUAUAUUAAAAUUCCAUUAUUGGGAGUUCCUUAUUUAUCACUAGCAGAGAGUAUGAAACAAUUUUCAAAUGUGAACAAUCUUAAAUUUAGCUUGUCUUUCUGCUAAGCUAUUAAGUGUAUUUAUAGUAAAGGAAGGGGACAAAAAGACUGUCAUUUCCUUAUAAGUUUGUAUAACAUCCUCCUCUGGGUAUCUUGACUGUAAUUUGACAUCUUUUCCUUUUGCACAUCUUCAUGAGUUGAAUGUCCACGUGGAAUGGGGCCGUGAAUUAUUAAGGUCCCUGAUAGAAGUUUUGUUCACUGGAGUGAACAUCUUUCCAGUAAGCAGGUAGUCCUGGUACUCCUUUAGUUUUAAAAUUAGGAGUAAAAGAGAGCAGGUGAUAAACAUAGUAGGGAAGGGAAUUUUGGAUUCACGCAUCAGUUUAUGGUGACUCCAAAUCAAUGUCUUGAAUCCUUUGAAAACAGGCACUGGGACAUCAUAGGGUUCAGUACCUGACCAGUAUUCAUUAUGUACGUCAUUGAACACACAAGCCAGAGAUGUUUUAGAAAUGUCAGAAGACAUCCUUUUGGACCAUUUUGAAAUAAGAAAGACAAACACUAAACAGUACAACCAUGAAAUUGAUCACCAGGAUCGCGAAUCUAAUUGGGAAUAGAGUUGAGCAAACAGCUUGGACUGUUUGGAGUUGUUGCCUUACUUUUUAAUAUGUAUUUAUAAAGUAUUCCAGCAAAAGAGGAUGAAGCCUCUGGGAAAAAAACAAACGUAUUACAGUGGUUUUUGUAGAUUCUCAUUCUAUAUCCCAUCACAGCGCCAGCCCUGUUUUUAGCCAGAAAGGAUUCAGGAUAAACAUUAUUAUGCAUUCUGAAUUGAAUGCGUAUUCCUAACUACUGUAUUUGUUACCAAAAGUGGUUCUACAAAUGCUACUGAAAAAAUCUGGAAAUUCCUAAUGUCCUGAGUAUUAAUAAUAAAGUUUAAAAAUGCUUUUAUAUCAAAGGUGCAUUGUGACCAAAUUGUUUAAGAAAAACAAAAAACAAAAUCUAAGGCUGUAUUAUAGAUCUAUCUUAUUGGCUCUCUGCUUUGUAUUUAAAAGAGGAAGCUUACAUCUUGGGGAGUUAAAAUGCUGAUAAAACUUGUGUACAUUAUGUACUUACCUAAAGCAGUUGCAUUAUUGUGUACUGAAAGAUAUGUGUUUUGGGAUUUAUUUCCAGGAUGCUUUUGCUUGUUAUGGACUUGGCAUCAGUGAGUUGAUAAUCCUAAACAAUCCCUUCCAGCAGUAUUCGUGGUAUAGAGCUGAUUCUGCGUUCCUGUGUUGAAUUGUGAUAGUAGCAAACAGGAACAUAUGAACUGUUGUUGCUCUUAAUAGAAAUAUGGUAUCAAUAUGGGCUUGUAUAUUUUCUUCCUUCCAUUUAAAAUAUAAGGUAGAAUAUGCAGCUUUAUUCUUUACAAGAAAAAAGGAAAAAAAAGAAGCCACUGACCUUUCUCCCCUAUUAAGUGUUUCAGGAUUAUCAGGUCACAGUUUGUGCGUAAAAGUCAGCUGAUUAUGGAUAUUGUCAUCUCAAUAACUUUGUAAAACAAAAACAGAAUUUGGCAUUGUUAAUUCUGAAAAAGAAACAGCAGUAAAAGAGUCAUAUGCAAUACCAAACACAACAUGGUUUAAUGGAAUUAAUAGAUUUUUUUUUUUUUUUUUAUAGAACAUUAAUGGGAAUUCAAUGUAAAGCUGGCAGAGGCUGCCAAAGAUGAAAACAACUUACUUUAAAAGUACUGGAGCAAAGGUGCAAGUUCAAAUGCUAAAGAUAAAAAUAAAUUUGUAACAAAUCA